GUGUUAUUACAUUUUAAUUUCGUAUACAUUUUUAAUUACUCUAACAUUCUUCCAAGAAUAAAUAUUUUCGCACUUUUAGCUCUCAGGUUUCUAAAGCCUUGGUGUAUUAUUAGGAAAACGAUCUCACCCUUGCACUUCGUGCGUUUCUAGCCCAAGGUCAAAAUGUAUAAGGCUAGGACAGUAUUCAACGCCCUGACUCCAUUGGCCCCACGAGUUUGUGGGGCUGAAAGGUUUGCAUCAUGGCUGGUGCGCAGCCAUUCUUUGGCCAGGACGAGUCAGGCAAUUAUCCCUGAAUCAGGGCGACGAUAUAGCAGCCGGGUUGCCACUGAGCCUUUCCUGAACGGAAGUUCCAGUUCCUACGUGGAAGAAAUGUACAACGCCUGGCUUCAAGAUCCUAGCAGCGUUCAUGUGUCAUGGGAUAGUUUCUUCCGCAACAGCACAGCUGGGGCUGCUCCAGGACAGGCUUAUCAAGCUCCACCAUCUCUAGCUCCAAGUUACAAUCAAGUUCCACUCGGAUCUUUAUUGCCCUACAGCAGUGGAUCCCAAAUCGGCCAAGUGCCCGUCAAUGAAAAAGUCAUUGACGAUCACCUGGCCGUUCAAGCCAUCAUUCGAUCCUACCAGAUUCGUGGCCACCAUAUCGCUAAAUUGGACCCGCUUGGCAUCAACAGUGCUGAUCUUGAUGACAGGCAUCCCCAAGAGUUGCUCUAUAAUUAUUACUCAUUCGGAAAGAUUCCUCGAACCACUUACGCUCAAGAUCUACGAAAUCGGGUAGCAGCUCUUAUGAAAAAGGAGUCGGACAUGGAUCGAGUUUUCAAAUUACCGUCCACCACCUUUAUCGGCGGGAAGGAUAAAUCACUCCCGCUGCGUGAAAUCUUGAAAAGAUUGGAGUCAACUUAUUGCGGACAUAUUGGAGUGGAAUUUAUGUUUAUUAAUUCCCUUGAGCAGUGCAAUUGGAUUCGACAGAAGAUGGAAACUCCGGGUAUUACGGAAGUUACGAACGAUGAGAAACGUCUCAUUUUGGCGAGAUUGACUCGAGCCACUGGGUUCGAAGCCUUUUUAGCCAAGAAAUGGACUUCAGAAAAGAGAUUUGGCCUCGAAGGUUGUGAAAUUCUGAUCCCAGCGAUGAAGCAAGUGAUUGACAAAUCUACCGAACUUGGCGUUGAAUCCAUAGUGAUGGGAAUGCCACACAGAGGUCGUCUCAAUGUACUAGCAAAUGUCUGCAGAAAACCACUCAGCCAGAUAUUCACGCAGUUUGCUGCACUUGAAGCCGCCGAUGAUGGUUCAGGAGACGUCAAGUAUCAUCUUGGAACUUAUAUCGAACGUCUCAAUAGAGUAACGAACAAGAAUAUUCGCCUCGCAGUUGUUGCGAAUCCUUCUCACCUCGAAGCUGUCGAUCCCGUCGUCCAGGGAAAAACAAGAGCUGAACAGUUCUACCGAGGAGAUGGAGAAGGCAAAAAGGUCAUGUCUAUUCUUUUGCACGGCGACGCAGCUUUCUGUGGUCAGGGAAUCGUCUUCGAGACAAUGCACUUGUCCGAUUUGCCUGAUUACACAACCCACGGAACAAUUCACAUCGUCGCGAAUAAUCAGAUCGGUUUCACGACCGAUCCUAGGCAUUCGCGCUCGUCUCCUUACUGCACAGACGUUGCACGAGUUGUGAACGCGCCAAUUUUCCAUGUCAACUCUGACGAUCCGGAGGCGGUGAUGCACGUUUGCAAAAUGGCAGCCGAAUGGAGAGCGACUUUCCAUAAAGACGUCGUUAUUGACAUUGUGUCUUACAGACGAAACGGACACAAUGAGGCCGACGAACCAAUGUUUACCCAACCACUUAUGUACCGCAAAAUUAAAAACACUCCAAGAGUUCUCGAUAAAUAUUCUAGCAAGUUGGUCCAGGAAGGAGUGGUCACUGAAGAGGAAGUCAAGGAUGUUAAAGACAAAUAUGAAAAGAUCUGCGAAGAAGCCUAUGGAAACGCGAAGCAGGAGACCCACAUCAAAUACAAGGACUGGCUUGACUCACCCUGGUCUGGUUUCUUCGAGGGAAAAGACCCGCUGAAAGUUUCUCCAACUGGAGUGAAAGAGGACACUCUGGUUCACAUUGGCAAGAAAUUCUCCUCGCCUCCACCGAAUGCGGCCGAGUUUGUCGUCCACAAAGGUAUCGAGCGUAUCUUGAAGGCCCGAAUGGAAAUGAUUGAGUCUAGGCAAAUUGAUUGGGCGUUGGGAGAAGCCAUGGCGUUUGGCUCGCUUCUUAAGGAGGGAAUCCACGUGAGAUUAUCGGGACAGGAUGUCGAACGCGGUACUUUCUCUCACAGGCAUCACGUGUUGCAUCAUCAAACUGUCGAUAAGGCGACAUACAGACAGCUCUGCUAUCUUUACCCGGAUCAGGCGCCAUACACUGUGUGCAAUAGUUCUCUCUCUGAAUAUGGAGUCCUCGGAUUCGAGUUGGGAUAUUCGAUGACAAACCCGAACGCUCUCGUAAUUUGGGAAGCUCAAUUUGGAGAUUUCAACAACACUGCACAGUGCAUCAUCGAUCAGUUUAUCAGCAGUGGCCAAGCGAAAUGGGUUCGUCAGUCCGGUCUUGUGAUGCUCCAACCCCACGGUCUUGAAGGCCAGGGCCCAGAGCAUUCGAGCGCUCGAUUAGAACGUUUCCUCCAGAUGUCGUCUGACGACCCAGACUAUUUUCCACCAGAGAGCGAGGAAUUUGCAGUUCGCCAACUCCACGACAUCAACUGGAUCGUCGCAAACUGCACGACACCCGCCAAUUUAUUCCACAUUCUCCGUCGCCAGAUUGCCCUUCCCUUCCGCAAACCAUUGAUCAUCAUGACACCCAAAUCUCUCCUGAGACAUCCAGAAGCCAGGUCCAGUUUCGACUUGAUGACGGAGAAUACACAAUUCUUGAGAAUUAUUCCCGAGGAAGGUGUCGCUGCUGAAAGUCCCAAUGGAGUCAAGAGGCUCAUUUUCUGCUCGGGAAAGGUUUAUUACGAACUGAAGAAAUCGAGGAAAGAGAGGGGACUCGAAGAUAAAGUAGCAAUCGCAAGGGUGGAACAGAUCUCUCCAUUCCCCUAUGAUCUUGUCAAGAAAGAGGCUGAGAAAUACUCUGAUGCUCAACUCAUUUGGUGCCAAGAGGAGCACAAAAACCAGGGAGCGUGGAAUUAUGUUCAACCCAGAUUCCACACAGCUCUUAACGGCACACGAACAGCAUCUAAUGGAGGCGAUGACAAAAAUAGUGGCGGAUGGUUCGGUAGCUGGUUUUCAUCCUCAAAACCAGAGAAAACUAAAACUGUUUCCGAAUCUCAGACGGAUGAAUCGACAAAGCCAGUUCAGAGAGAAACGAGGUACGUUGGACGUCCGACUGCUGCGUCGCCAGCAACAGGUAGCAAAGCUCAGCAUACCAGAGAACUGAAACAACUACUGGAUGACUCUUUCAAUUUGUAAUCUUAUUUAGAUGAAUAGUGAACUUUAUUUAUUCUGCGUACUAUAAUUGUUAUAAGGAUCCUACUGCCCUUUGAACAUUGCGAGAGAGACCACUCUCCUUGAAAUAUUCCCUUACAGUGUGCUGGAAUUAGUACCGUGUGUAAGGAUAUUUAAUUUAAACCAUCGAAAAGUACAGCUUCUCACGCUUUUCAAUUAAUAUUUCACUUAAUACUUCACUUAAUAUUUCACUUAGUGAAAAGGAAGCAAUCCGAGUUUUAAUAAUCAUUUGAAAUACUCAACCUAAAUAAACCUAUUUAUGCCUUAAAGAACCGAAGCAGAAUGUGUACUUUUCAAUGGUAUGGGAAACUCAUGUGCAAAUAUAAAUGUAAUUUGCUCUGUUAAUAUGUCUAUAAAUCGGUAACGCGACAUUUAAUGACUACGAAAGUAUUAUUUUAAACUUAACUACGUUUCUGCGAUCAAGAGACAAAGGUGUACGAGUCUUUCUUGGAAAUUUCGUAUUCAGGCCACCAAUCACUUUAACUUUUUAUAGUCGCUGUGUUUGUAUAAAAAAUUAAAUGAUUGGUCUCGAAUUGUUAGUGAAAUGAAAAAUGUGAAGAAAAAUGGUGGCUGUAUGCGAGGGGAGUCUCUUAGUGAUACAAAAAAUUGCAUUGCUACUUCAUUUUGGACACCGCAGGGUCUGCAGAGGCACAGUAUUUGACUCUUUUUGUUGAAGCUCCGUUAUCAAUGCUGCAAAUAUUGUUUAUAUCUAUCUAUGGAUAGGAGGUGAUUGCGAGUGGCCACUGCGGGUAACGGGAGCCAUGAUCGCUUUGAAAACUAAAAGUAUGGACACUUAAGCUCAGGGCAGAAGUCAAAAAAAGCUGUUUUACCUUAUUUCUUGCUAGUUAAGAAAUCCUCUAAUCAAUACCGGUGUGAAUAUUAGUUUCAGAGUCGAAUUAGUAGCGAUAAAUUAUAUUUUAUUUAAGAAUGAGGCAAACGUUGAACUGCACAUUGUAGAUUCUGUUUAAUUAUUAAAUUGUAAUUACCACCGAA